AUGGCUUCUAAACGCAUUGGAUCCAGGAACUCAUCCGCGAAUGUAGAGAAGGCUUCACAACCUGAAGUGUUUGAUGACACACUUGUCGGGAUUGACUCCUUCGAGUCCGCAGACGUCGAUGAGGCGUUGCAACUCGUGGGCACGCAGGCGUCGGAACACUUCAGCAAAGAAUACAACAUUCGGCUCAGAAAGAAACUGGACAGAUACAUUCCUCCCAUAUGUGCGGCAGUGUACUUUUGCCAGUUCUUGGACAAGACAUCUCUCAAUUAUGCAAGGUAUGUUGUUAGAGCUCGUCAGCUAUGGCAAAUCCUCACAUUGUGUAGCAUCAUGGGCUUCCCAAUUGCAGGGCAGGAUUAUAACCUCGUUUCGAUGGCUUUUUACUUGGGGUAUCUGUUAUGGGAAUUUCCGACAAUGUACAUUUCGCAGAAAUUGCGACUGGCAAAGUACUUGGGGGCGAAUACGAUUGCAUGGGGGGCACUCCUCAUGCUUCAUGCCGCGACGAACAGUUUCGGUCCAUUCUUCGCUCUCAGAUUCUUGCUUGCGCCCUCUUUGAUCUUGAUCAUAUCUAUGUUCUACAAGAAAGAUGAACAGGCCAGUCGCAUUUCAUGGUUUUACGUGAUGAAUGGCCUGACACAAAUCUUUGGCGGAUUUGUGGCCUUUGGCGUCUCGUUCUACGAUGGAAAGGUUAUACCGCCUUACAAGAUCGUGUAUCUUGUAUUGGGUGGUAUUUCUAUCAUCGUCGGUUGUGUAGUGUUAAUCUGGCUCCCCGACUCCCCUGUUCACGCGCGCAUGCUGACUCGAGAAGAGCGCGUUGCUUCGCUGGAACGUGUCCGGAACGAUCAAGGAGGCACCGAGAACAAGAGGUUCAAGAAGGAGCAAAUUAUUGAAGCUGUCAAAGACAUACGAACGUGGUUGAUUGUUCUAACUACGCUAGUCAGUGCCAUCCCUAAUGGUGCUCUCAGCAAUUUUGGAAACAUUGUAAUCAAAAGCUUUGGUUAUACAACUAAGCAAACAUUGAUUCUCGGCACGCCAUCGGGAGCAGUCAUGAGUGUGAUGGUAAUAUUUUGCGGUUGGUACUCUGACAAGAAGGCGCGUAAGGACGAUAAUGAACGCAUGGUCCCAAUUGUCAUUGCAUUAAUUCCAACGAUUGUAGGAGCAGCUCUGCUUGUCGCACUGAAUGGCACUGGCCAAAAGGGUGCACUGCUCUUCGCAACCUACUUGAUGGGUACAUAUGGAAGCUGCCUUUCGACGAUCUAUGCAUACAAUGCGAGCAACACCAGCGGUCAUACGAAGAAGGCAUACAGUUCAUCUACUUCCUUCCCAAUCGGCGUAACAAUAAACGCCCUGACCAUGGUCACCUUCAGUAUAGGCAACAUUGUCGGCACUGAGAUUUUUCUCCCUAAAGACGCUCCCGCGUAUAUCCCUGGCAAAAUUGCAGUUCUUGUUUUACUCUCAUCCCAGCUUUUCAUAUCUUACACACUACGUUAUAUCAAUGUAAGGCUAAACAAGAAGCGUCAAAUUAGACUAGCCGAAGAGGCAGCCAGGCAAAGCUGGUCGGAGGAGGACAUACAACGGGAGCGGGAGAAGCAUGCAUUCGCUGACUUGACGGACCACCAGUAA